AGCGCGGUGCCUGGCGGCCGGGCGUGACGGUAGGAGGACCAGAUGAAUCCUGACUCUGUCUCAGCGUCGCUGAGUCGGAAUCGACUCGACGUCGACAGAUUCGGUUUUUUUCGGUUCAUGGAGUGACGCUUUAAGUUGAGAGUGAGAUGGCCUCAAUCUUACGAAGCCCUCAGGCUCUCCAGCUCACUCUUGCCCUGAUCAAGCCCGAUGCAGUUGCUCACCCGCUGAUUCUGGAGGCUGUUCAUCAGCAGAUUCUGAGCAACAAGUUCCUUAUAGUACGAAUGAGAGAACUCCUGUGGAGAAAGGAAGAUUGCCAGAGGUUUUACCAAGAGCACGAAGGGCGUUUUUUCUAUCAGCGACUGGUGGAGUUCAUGGCCAGCGGGCCAAUCCGAGCCUACAUCCUUGCCCGCAAGGAUGCCAUCCAGCUCUGGAGGACGCUGAUGGGACCUACCAGAGUGUUUCGAGCACGCCAUGUGGCCCCAGAUUCAAUUCGUGGGAGUUUCGGCCUCACUGAUACCCGCAACACUACUCACGGCUCAGACUCUGUGAUUUCAGCCAGUAGAGAGAUUGCAGUCUUCUUUCCUGACUUCAGUGAACAACGCUGGUAUGAGGAGGAGGAGCCCCAAUUGCGCUGUGGCCCUGUGUGCUACAAUCCAGAGGGAGGCAUCCACUGUGCAGCUGGAACAGGAGGCUCAGGACCAGCCUGAAGCAGGCUUGUCGGUCUCUGAAGACUGGUGGUUUUGCCCAGCCUUUGCUCUUAGACCUCUGGUCGAAAGCAUCCUACUACUAAGGAAGCCUGGGCUCAUGGCACCAUCUCUGCUGGCACCACCACCUCCCUGUGGGCCUAGUUCAUCACUGCCACCUCCUCCAGAAUCUAGCUCUUUAUCUACCUCUUCUCUAGAAUGUUCAUGGUUGGGUCAGAAGAAUGGUGGACAACUAAACCUGAUCACCUGUUUGGUUCCUCUUUUUGUUGAGAACUGUCCAUCCUUCUUCAAGGAGGAGCUUGCCUAAUUGACUUGCCUGGGUUGUAAGUCCCCUGAAAAAUUCAGUGACUGUGUAUAAGUAGCAUUUACCAUAUCUUCUCAAUAAAAGUCAGUGUUCUACUGAAUCCUCGAGGUUGGGAGCACUACCCUAGUACCAGCAGCUUUCUCUGUAUCCUUGCUUAGAAUAAUGAAACCUGCUCUGAAACCAGGUUUCGGGUCGAUGCUAAGUGAAGACAGUCGCGUGGGAUUGUCUCAAUAGGCUGACACACAAGUUGUGCAGAAGGGCACCCAGCAAAGGAACUAAAUGCAGGCUGUGCAUCCUGGCACAGGGCUACAUCUAGGAGGAAGGAGCACCUUUUAUUUGAACAAAUGUGG